GGUGGUUUACCAAGCAGAUUGCUGAGUCCUCUUAAUGAAGAUGCAGCUAUUAGUGCUGCACUGGAGGAAUCCAUUAAGACCAAGGUUUUAGACGACAUGAUGCGCAAGAAACGGGAAGCCUUACUUAUUGAAGCAUCUGGUCUAAAGAAAACUAAAGGAGCUACUGAUAUGUGUAGCAAAAGUGAAAAGGAAUUAGGGUCUGCCUCAUGUCCAAAGGAAGGAAGUCCAAGAAAAGUCCCUAAACUUAGUCCAACGAGGCACAUGACAAGCCCCAAGAAGAGAAAGCAAGAUAGACUUAGUAAUGAGAAUAGAAGUCCCAAUAAAAGGAAGAAGGUUGAACAGCAGAGUAAAAUGAAAAAAGAUGCAGCAGAAGAAGUGUUGGAAUUAGAUCAGCUGCUGAAGCAAGUCAAUGACAGUCCAGAGCAGGAGACUGCUGUAGAAAAGAAAGCGCAGAGGAAAGCCGAGCUUAAGAAGCCUAGAACUAAAGUCAUCGAUGAUAGCUUUGACGUCCUUCCAAUUACAAAGGAGCCCGAUUUUGCCCACCGUGGCGAAGUGGUCCGGAAGAAGGCGGCCCGCAAGCAGUUGAAGGGCUGGAAUUGUCAGGAAUGUGAACAGUGGUAUGCAGCUGUUAACUCACAAGAGAAAGAGGUAAGUCUCUUUUUUCUCUUUAUAUUAUUUACUAAUAUUAAAAGCCAGUGUGGGUCCUGUAAAUCUUAGAAUGUUAUGGGAUGU